AUGGAUACGCAGCGUAUUAGCCAUCUCCUUGCAGAACAAAAAGUGGAGCUUUCGUUUAUUGGCGAGGAAUUAGAUCGCGCCCGCGCGGAGGUUUCGCGCCUUGAGGCUAAAUAUUUUGGGUCCAUGGAAAUGGUCCAAAAAUUGGAAGCACUAAGGUCCCCCGUCCGCCGCAUGCCAAUCGAGAUCAUGACAAAAGUCUUCGAACAAUGCGUCCAGGACGAAGGAAGUCAGGAGCCUGAUCCUCUUCGGGCUCCCUUGUUAUUGUGCCAAGUUUGCGGCGCUUGGCGAGACCUCAUGUUCUCUCUUCCUUACUUGUGGAAGACCCUCAAGGUUGGGUUUCCAUCCACAACGCCAAAUUGGGAGAACGUUAUGCAGUCAAGGAUCAUGUCCAUGCACGUGUGGAUAUCGCGCGCGAAAGCUCUUCCAAUUUCCCUAAUCCUUCAGCACCCGAGCAACUCUCCGAUCACGUGGGGUGCUCUUAUGUCACUUGACAAAGAGAUCCUGACUCUCGGAUGCCGCAUUGAAGAGCUUUGCUUGAGAUUUUCUCCGUUGGCACUCAGCUCCUUGUUGACAUUCACCCAAAGUCCACUCCCGCACCUACGGCGUCUUGAGCUUCAUAACAGCAACCCCCUUCCUAGUAACGACAACCCACCUUUAUUACUUCUUCAUGAUGCACCCAGCCUCCGCAGCCUCUCGAUUGCGUGGGGUAAUCUCGACACCACUCAGUUCUGCAUCCCUUGGAGCCAACUAACACAGUUGUCUCUUCAGUAUGACGCCAGCCCCUACUGGAAUCUCGUUCACAACGACUAUCUCAUUACGCUUCGUGAAUGUCCUAAUCUCAAAUAUUGCUCCAUUGGAAUAGGAAUGACAAUACUUGACACUGAUGCAGAUACGAUUGUACCUGUCACACUUCCCAACCUCGAAUCAAUGAAAGUACGCCUCUUCUGUCAAACGCUCUACACCCACCAGUUCUUCGAUGCGCUCCACGCGCCAAAGCUGCACACGUUUGAAUUCCAGAACGUCAGUCUUGCCAUGGGUUCGUUCGCCAGCCAGACGGAACCCCUCCCCUUCAUCUCCCGGAGCGCAGAGACUCUCGAGAGCCUAUCAUUUGACACAAUCAAUAUAUCUGAUGUCGAUAUGCUCUCAUGUCUCUCCCAGCUUCAUCGCUUAAAGCACCUGCGUUUCUUGCCUGGCCCCCUUCAACUCAAUCACAACCUCGUGGACAGCCUCGUUUUGUCCGAAGCACCUCAAGGCACCUCCAUUUGUCCUCGACUCGAAUCAUUGAGUCUCAAAUGCUCAAAGCGUGUUUCCACCGACAGGGUGACGGAGCUUGUGGAGUCGAGGUGCAGUGCUAGUCCGAAGUUGAGGGAAUUUUGCUUGCAGAUCGCUGCAUUUGACUAUGGGCAGGAUUCGCGAGAUAAAACAAUUGUCGAGCUGAGGGAACGUCUGAAUCAGUGUGUGGAGGGGGAUUGCAGCUCCAUCUGA